UCCCAGAAAAUGACCAUGAGAAAUAAUUCUCCAGUGACCGAAUUUAUGCUUUCAGGGCUAACUGAUUGGCCAGAGAUCCAGCUACCCCUCUUUUUCCUGUUCCUUGGAGUUUAUGUGGUGACUGUGGUUGGGAACCUGGGCAUGAUCAUAUUGAUUGGGCUCAGUUCCAACCUUCACACCCCCAUGUACUAUUUCCUCAGUAGCUUGUCCUUCAUUGACCUCUGUCAUUCCACUAUAAUCACACCCAAAAUGCUGGUGAAAUUUGUGUCAGAGUAUAAUGUCAUCUCUUAUCCUGAGUGCAUAACUCAACUCUACUUCUUCCUUAUUUUUGCUAUAGCUGAAUGCCACAUGUUGGCAGUGAUGGCAUAUGAUCGUUAUGUUGCUAUCUGUAACCCCCUCCUUUACAAUGUCACCAUGUCCCAUCAAGUCUGUUCAUGGCUCGUGGGUGGGGUGUACCUACUGGGCUUUAUUGGUGCCACAGCUCAUACCAGCUGCAUUCUUAGAGUGCUUUUAUGUAAGAACCAUAUCAGUCAUUACUUUUGUGAUCUCCUUUCCCUCUUGAAGCUCUCUUGUUCCAGUACUUAUGUCAAUGAAGUGGUGAUUUUGUGCUUUAGUGCUUUUAAUAUACUCAUCCCUAGCAUUACCAUUAUCUGCUCCUACAUCUGCAUCAUUGCCAGCAUCCUCCGUAUUCGCUCCCCUGAAGGAAGGUCCAAAGCUUUCAGUACCUGUAGCUCUCACAUGUCAGCAGUUGCCCUCUUCUAUGGCUCUGCUGCAUUCAUAUACCUGCAGCCUUCUUCAGAAAACUCCACAGACCAGGAAAAAGUGUCUUCUGUUUUUUAUACUAUCUUUGUGCCUAUGCUGAAUCCCCUGAUCUAUAGUCUGAGAAACAAGGAUGUAAAAGUUGCCAUGAGGAAAAUUCUGGAGAGAAGAAGGCUCAUAUAA